AUGGCGCCCCCUAGGAGAGCUGAGCGAUUCAGCGAGAAUGCUACCCACGACUACCCUUCGUCGCCAGACCCUCUCGCCAUGUCAACACACGAAAACACAAUAACAUCAACUCGCAAGCCACAGCGCACACCACGUGCGCCAUCGCGAACAAGCUCGCCGAGCAAGCAGAGCCGAACAGCAAUCGUUCCAGGCUUUGAUUUGUCUUCACCGGCCAAAUCCAUGGUUUUGAACACACCGAGAAUGGGCGGCGCAAGUCCGUGGCGCAUCAAAGUCACAGUACAGGCCGAGCCUGAGAGUGACGGUGAGAACACCAUGUCGCCAACAGUAAAGAAGGUUACACGCACGAAAACUACGACGAUCCCAUUGAAAUAUCACGAUGCGCCGUCACCGAUGAAGCGCGGUCGAGGACGACCCAGGAAGUCAGAUGCAGCUGGAGGGACGCCAGCAAAGCCUAAGCGAAAGGGAACACCGGUCAGGAGAACAGCGAGAUCGAAGUCUCGAGACGCGAGUGUGGGUCCAACAGGAUCGAGUGCGGCAGACAUCGAUACGGAUGUAGCGCCAAAGAGGAAACGAGGCCGCCCCAGAAAGGUGGUGCAGCCUGCGACUGAGGAUGAAGAGACGCUGGUCGUUGAUAUACCGGAAACCCAAGAUGACAAUCAGAUCGAUGCAACGCCUCUACCAACCGAACAGCCACAGACAGUAGCCACCAACAUCGCCACACCAGAAGAGACCGAGCUUUCGAAACGAUUACACGCACGCAAAGGCACGCCCCAUGCUACCAAUCCACUCGCUAUCGAAAUUUCCUCAGAUGAGGAGUCAGAUGAAGUCAGCGACGUCCUCACGCCAGCUACCGGAGAUGAGGACGAGGCCAGACACGAGCAAACACGUUCACACACCCCUACACAAGACCCAGCAGAGCACGGGGCAGACAUCGAUUACACGGAGCCAUUUGAGCACGAAGACGACGAUGACGAGGUAGAGGCAGAAAACUUCGCGUUCGAUGAAGGCAUAACGAGAAUGCCGGACGAUUCUACUAUUAUUGACAGCGAAGGCUUCAGCAUAAUCUCUGUAGACUCAUUGCCUACCAAGUCCAGCCCUCCCAAAGCAGAUGAAAACCAGGUCGCUCCAGUGCCGAGCAUUGCAGCGAUCAUGAAUCGCGGAUACACGAAUCCUGCUGCAGUCAGACAGCUGAGUCGUGAACAAGGUGUAGCGUCUAAGUCAUCGCCAGGCCCUGCACGCAUGCUUCCCGCAUCAAAGCCGGUCAAAUCCUCACCAGCGAUAGCGCAACCCCGCCAUGUAACACCAGCAGUCGACAAUGAAGUUCCUUCAGCACCACCUAGCCUCGAGCCGGCUCGAGCGGCUCCUGCUAAGAUCGAAACACCGAAGAUGGGGCGAGCCUUGACGGCAGGUGUCGCUCUUCAAGGCGUUUUGGACCCCAAUCGCUUUACCCCGGAAUCUUCCCAGGAGUUGGCAGCGGAUCGACGUGGGUCACUCGAUGAUUUGUUCCGAGGCUUCAGCGAAGGUUCUCGAAGGCAGCUACAAGAAGGGCUUCGUCUCGGUGUACAGCUUGCCCAAAAUCGGGCUGAGCCAUCACCAUCUCUUCCGAAGUCUGACGCGUCACGUACAGAAGCAGCACCGAGAGAACGACCCAUUAGGACGCAGCGAAAGUGGAGAACACGUCUUCUCACACCUGAAGAUGAGCAGAACAGCGUGCCGGCAGAACCUGCUGCUGCAGAGAGUGAGGUCCAGUAUCCUAUCCUAGCUGUGGAAGAGCAAGUGAACCCUCUGCCUAGCCCGAUAAGAAGCGAAGACGAAGGUGAAAUGAGCUUUCAGGUUGACAGCAUUGUAGCGAGCGUGAUGGAAGAGGACGGCGAACAACCUGAGGCCACGACAAAUACGCGGAAUGAAUCGAGUCCUGCUCAUGGCGUAUUAGAAGCGGACAAGGAUGAAGUCGAGGAAGAUUAUUCGGACAUAUGGCGAGAAGAAGGAAGCCGAGUUUCCAAUUCUUCUGACCCAUCAUCGACCGAAGGAAAGGCAUCACUACAAGAGCCAGAUCUUUUCAUCGACAGCGUGUCCAGCAAACCUGGUCGUAGCAGGUUCCAGCGUCGCAAUGCGCGGCAUAUUAAGCGUAACGAUGGCGACAGUACUUCCCAACGACCAAGCCCUUUGCACGUACAAGCUGCUGGGCCGGAGUUUGCUGCUAUUGACAAGGGAAAGGCUAGAGCGAUCGAAGACGAGUUUGAGGAGCAGGAGGAUAGUGUGGCUAGCGAAGGCAGUGAUGACACUGGCAUGUUCUUCCAAUCGAACAUGCCCGCGGUCUUCGAUAAAAAGCGUCUUGACCGGAGACAGCCGAAGAUUGACAAGCUGGACCUGUCACUUCUGUUGAACGAGGGUGAGAGCUUGCAGCCAGAGCCGUCACCUGAAAAGCAAUCCGCUUCUACACAACCCAACCCAUUCCUCGAUACACCACCUCGGUUCACUGGAUUUCCAAGCUCGCCCAAGAAAAGCAGUCCUCUGCGCCGCGAGCUCCGCAGCUCAGACAUCUCUUCCAACACGCCCAGUCGCCUGCAUGAUGAGUCGACACUGCCUCUUGCUCAAAGCUCACCAUUUCACUCGCGAAUUGACGGAGACAGCAUGCUUUCUACAGCAUCUGAUCAACGUCAGAUCUUCGCCGAGAUGGAAGGUGUAGACGUGACAAGUAACAGCAUUCGCGUUUUGCGUGAUGAAGCCGAUGAGUAUCUUGAUGCGUACACACCUCAAGAGCGAUCGUUGAACGAGAUCAAGGAGGUCACUGAGUAUAGCAGAACACUGCAGGGCGAUUCGAGUAUCAUGCCAUCAAGCCCACCUCAGGCUAGGCGACAUUUCGUACAGCAUGCAGCACCUUCCUCUCGUACUCCAAGUUCUGUGACCAGACACCCUCAGUCCGACACUGGCUCAGAGGCUACGCCGACUCCGCUCUCUCGGGAAGUAGCAUCACGAUAUGAAGCAAUCGACGAAUCCUCAUUUGUAAGCACCAGCUCGGCUGGCCGCUCAGAUGGUGUUCGCGCCGCAGCACAACUCAAACGCGAAUCUUCUGCCAGUGCUAGCGCAUCCCCACCGCGCGCUCACCCUAUCCUUGCCAAAUUCGCACCCCUUCCACGCAUUGAGCCCUGGACAAAAACCCACUACAAGGCCCUUGACAAGCUUCACGCCGCGCACCUGAAGUACCCUAAUCUCUUCUGCUCCUUGGCAGUCCCGCCUACGACUCUGUCUCGCGCCAAUGCUGCCCUACUUGCCAGCUUCGCCGCUACAACAGAGAAGAACUACGUCGGCGCCCAGGUCUCAGCAUGGGGCUAUACGUUUACGAUGACGCCUCAGCUCAUUACUCUUUGCGAAGUGUUCAUGCAUCUCCUCACGCUGAGCUCCAUCGAAGACUAUGAGGCGAUGAGUGGUCGUGGAAUUGAGAUGGGUGAUGUUGCUCCUGGUAGGAUUGGGAGCAAGAUCUCAAGGGAAGAGGUGAUGAGGAGGCUAUGCACAGUGGUGCUGGGCGAAUACAUUCGAGCCGAUGAGAAGAAAGGGUUCAAAGUCAAGAAGACUGGAGCCCUGAGGAUCGUUGGUGCCAGUGGUGAAGAGCUGUAA